AAUUAAAAAGGGCAUGUGCAUUUUUGUUUUCAACAUUUAAAAAAAAAAAAUUUAAUUAAACCGAUUUGAGCUUCGCGCUUCUUCCUCGGCGGAGUUCAGUCACCAUUUGGACAAACAAAAUCAUCAGUUUCUGCGUUCAAACGCAGCGGAAGAAGACACCAAAAAGCUCCUCCAUUCCAUUUCCAUAACAUGAACGAUGCAUUAGACCCACGCAUACUCCAUGCCCAAGCCAUCAAAUCCAUCUACACAGACCGUUUUGUCUACAACAACCUCAUCACCCUCUACUCCAAGUCCAACAUCAACAACCUCUUCUCUUACUCUCUUCGCCUCUUCCACCAAAUCCCAUCUCCCAACGUUGUCUCAUGGACUGCUCUCAUCUCCGCUCACGCCAACUCCCUCUUCUCUCUCCAACACUUCGUUUCCAUGCUCCGCCACCCCACUUUGCCAAACCAGCGCACUUUUGCUUCUCUCUUCAAAACCUGUACCUCACUCCCUUGCUUCUGUUUCGGCCUUUCACUCCAUUGUCUUGCGCUGAAACUUUGUAUUUCUAACGAACCCUUUUCUGGGUCUGCGCUUAUUAACUUUUACUCUAAAUAUCGGCUUCCUGGUGAUGCCCGUAAGGUAUUCGAUGAAAUUCCUGAAAGAGAUGAGGUUUGUUAUUCCGCAAUCAUUGUGGGUCUCGCGCAAAAUUCACGCUCUAUUGAUGCAUUGUCAAUGUUUGCUGAUAUGAAAGCUUGCAAUGUGGCGUCCACGAUGUAUAGUGUAUCUGGGGCGCUUCGGGCAGCUGCAGAGGUUGCUGCAUUGGAGCAAUGUAGGAUUAUACAUGCCCAUGCGGUUGUUACUGGUUUCGAUAUGAAUGUGAUUGUGGGUAGUGCUCUCGUUGAUGGGUAUGGAAAGGCGGGUUUUGUCUUGGAUGCAAGACAGGUUUUUGAUGAGAAUUUUUUGGGAAUGAAUAUCGUGGGGUGGAAUGCAUUGAUGUCUGGUUAUGCACAGCAGGGGGAUACGAACUCGACCUUUGAACUUUUCAAUUCGAUGGAAGCUCGAGGGCUUGUACCUGAUGAAUAUAGCUUUCUAGCAGUCUUAAUGUCGUUUUGCAAUGCGAAUUUGGCUGUUGAGACUGAGCAGUGGCUGACCCGGAUGAAAGUAGAUUAUGGUUUAGAACCAGGGUUAGAGCAUUAUACAUGUUUGGUGGGUGCAUUGGGACGAGCUGGUCGAUUACAAGAAGCUGAGAGGCUUGCAAUGACAAUGCCUUUUGUGCCAGAUGCUGCAGUGUGGCGGGCAUUGCUAUCGAGUUGUGCAUAUCAUGGUGAAGCGGACAUGGCUUGGGCUAUGGCUAGACGGUUAUUGGAACUGAACCCGCAUGAUGACUCAGCUUAUGUUAUUGCUGCCAAUGUGUUAUCAGCUGCAGGAAGGUGGGAUGAGGUUGCGGAAGUGAGGAAGUUGAUGAAAGAUAGAAGAGUGAAGAAGGAAGGUGGGAGGAGUUGGAUCGAAGUGCAGGGAGAAGUUCAUGUGUUUUUGGCUGGGGAUAGAAGGCAUGAGAGAACAGAGGAAAUUUAUGAGAAGUUGGCAGAGUUAAUGAAAGAGAUUGAGAAAUUAGGUUAUGUGCCGGUUUGGAAAGAGAUGUUGCAUGAGGUAGGGGAAGGGGAGAAAAGGGAAGCACUUUGGUAUCAUAGUGAGAAGUUGGCAGUGGCAUUUGGAGUGGUGAGCGGAGCUGCACCACCAGGGAAGGCCCUAAGGAUUGUGAAGAAUCUAAGGAUUUGUAGGGAUUGUCAUGAAGCUAUAAAGUAUAUGAGUAGAGUAUUGGAGAGGGAGAUCAUUGUGAGGGAUGUAAACAGAUACCAUAAAUUUUUAAAUGGUAGUUGUUCUUGUGGAGAUAUCUGGUAAAUUGUAGGAAAUCAGCUCUAUAAUGCUGCUCAAGGGAGAAAGAAUGCAUGCCCUUUAAAUGUUACGGGAAUGAGAUGUUGUGAUGAGAGAUGCCGUCCAAUUUUGCAUGGGAAGAAAAACUACAUACAGCUUGGCAAGAGCUAGUAGCAACUAGGUUAUAUGCCCAAUAAUUUUUGUUUCACAUUCUGAAUUUGGUAGAAGAUUUUAGUGUCAAUUGAAGCAUAUUAUGUUUCUGGUUUUCAUUUACAUUUUUCUUAAUUAUUUAAAUAUUGUUGUCACAAUGUGCAAGAAUCCUUAAGCACUUUUGUCCCUGUUCUUAAAUGUUGUGAUGGAGUCCUGACAUUUUGAAAUCCUGUCCUCAAAUUAAAAUGAAAGCUCUGUAAUUAUAACUAUAAAUGUGCAUCUUAGAAAGGCCUUAAGUUAUUCUGAGGUACCAGAGGAACUUGAUAUUCAAAACUAAUCCCUGCUUGGAAUUGAGCCUUUAUUGUUCCCAAGCAACCAUCUUUGUAUCCCUGCUCUGGUGUACCAUCCGGUGGUUAGUUUCUGGUUAGGUGUUUAUCAAUUGGUGGUGAUUACAAGCACCCUUAGGUGGUGAAGUCUAGGUUUUUUUUUUUUUUUUUUGCUUUCUUAUUUUCUUGCUUUCCCUCCCUCAAGUCCUGUUUCAUCAUCCUUUAUUUGUCUCAAGCUACACCUUAAUUAUUUUGCCAGGUUGAUGAUCAUUGGCAUACAAAAAUGUUUAUAUAAGAAUUGGAUGGAGGGGCGAGGUUUUGAGAUCAAGACCUGUUGGCUGUGUAUGUAACUUACCAGUCAAAAUAAAAUCUGUUUGAUGUUUAUUUAUUUUUUAACACCGCCAAACUUCUUUUGGCGGUGUUACUGCUUCUAUGUCACUCAUGUUUUUUCUUCUUUACAGAAUAUUUGCUGUUAAUAGUAUUUCAGAAUCUGGUAAUGCACAAUAUGCCUUUUUUGGGACUAAGGCUUUGUUUGUUGUUGUUGUUGUUGUUGGUAAUGCACAAUAUGACACGCUUUUUAAGGUUAUUUUAGUUCAAUGUUGCACUUGUAAGGAAAAGUUGUGAAAAAAAUAAAAAGUAGAAGUGAGUUUCAGCUGCAAUAGUUUUCUAAAAUCUUUUACCAAAAUUUUUCCCAGCCUCUCAUGCUUGGUUAUUUAUGUUGUAUAUAAUUUCCUCCAUUGUCGCUUUAUAGAAAAUUCAGAUUGACACUCCAUUUCUUUCUUUCUUUUUUCCUAUACAGAUUUAAACAUGCAUCUAUAACUUUCAUGGUUUCAUCUAGAAUUUUUUUUAUUCAAUCUGUCAUAUAUGGGCAGAAUGAUGCUGCUUGUGAAAAUUAAAAAGCAAGCAAUGAAGCAAGGUCAUUACUUGCUCAGGCUGAAAUGCAGAUACCUGUGUCAGCAUCAAUGGCAGUUACGGCCAACGCUCCUAUGCUUAGUAAUGGAAAAAUUGGUAACCUAUAGUACCAUUGGACUUCUGUUAAUGUCAUUAUAGCUGCUGAGAUAUGAGUUGGGUCUGGUGGAAAAAGAAUAUGUCCUUAAAAAUCUGUUAGUAUUAUUGCUGAGUUGAUUGACUGUAACAUGGCACUCACAUCAGAGCAAAAAGCAGCAGGUAUUGGUUAUGAUGUUGUAUCACAGAGAUUGCCUUGAUUGAAGUACUAACUGAUCUGUUCAAAGGAUAUUUUUUCUCUUACCUAUCUUUCAGCAUAUGUUUGUCAAUUACUAAUUGCUGUGAUCCCCCCAUUUUCUCAUUUAAUUUGUUUUUAGACACCUUCAACACUGGCUAACAUUAAUAUCCAGCGUUGUAUCUCUUGAUAUCCACCAUGACCAGGUAUGACUAAAA